AUGUUUGGAAUCGCAAUUACUUCGUAUUUACCUCCGGAUUGGGCAGCUUUCUUUAAUGCACUUAGUUUAGCUGAUGUAAUUGCUGGAAUACCAGCGUUUCUUGUCAUUUACACUGUACUUCCAAGUGCAAUAUAUACUGCACGACAAAGAAGCAGUAAAGGAAAUUGGUAUAUUCCGCCAGAACCUACCGAUGAGUCACCAUCGAUGCAGGCCAAAUUGCUCUUGUUAAAUAGCUUGGCUGUAUUAUUUACAAUCAAGUAUUUGGCACAAUACAUUUUUGGUCACCCAGCACCAGAAAUAUUUGUCACAGGAGCCUUGUUAACUGUUCUUUUAAUAACUGUGGUCAUAUAUCACUUUGAAAAUAUAGGAGUUGUUAAGCCUGCAAUUCCUCUUUCUGUUUUAUGGGGAACUACAACCCUUACUACAUUAUAUUAUACAACAUCUACUCAUGAUAUUUCACAUGAGAUUUAUUUGGUGUCUAGUUUAUUAAUGUUUAUGUUAGAGUGGGCUUCGCCGCGUAGGCGUGCUGCUAAGAAAAUGCCAAAUCAGAAACCAAAGUUAACCACGUGA